AUUUUAAGAAGACGAAGCCUGAAUGUGACUCAUUGCUUCGUGACAACUAGCAAGAGCUCGGUCGGAUCUGUACUUCCUCUGCCGUAUCCCAUCGCUACUGGAAUCAAGGUUUCUCUUUUGAUCGGAUUGAGAUGUUACAUUUUAGGCGUUCAACACUGCUGAAGGAGUUGUUUCACACCAAUCUCAAGCGCCCGGCGGCCGUUUCAAGAAACAAAUCGUGGUUGCCGAGCCACAAUUGUGUCGCUGCCGCUUCAUUCGAUGCCAAAGUCGUCUCUACCCUCAAGGUCCUUCAUGCCGACGUACACCGCCCUUUGCUGAGCGGCGGCGCGUCAUGGAACACCCGGUCGUAUUGCGUUAAAUCCGAGGGCGCAGUGACGCCGGACGAGCCAGGGAAGAAGGACGAUGUCACCACCGGAGCGACGGGCGAUAAGAGAAGAAAUGCGGGCAUUCUUCCUAGUCUGGAGGACCUGCUCUUCUACACCAUCGCAGAAGGUCAGGAGAAGAUCCCAGCACACAAGUUCAUUGCAGCCCUGAAAACCACGGGGCUGCGCACGGGAGACCCGCGGCUGAAAGAAUGCAUGGCCACGCUGAAGGAAACGCUGAAGAACACCUCGGACGGCGUCAUGCUCGACAGACACCUCUUCAAGAAGUGUGUGCAGAGCAACAUCGUGCUGCUCACCCAGGCCUUCCGAAAGAAGUUUGUCAUCCCAGACUUCCCCACGUUUGCCUCCCAUAUCGACGAGCUGUACGAGAGCGCCAAGAAGCUGGACGAAGGACAGGUUGCAGACUACAUUCCCCAGCUCGCGAAAUUCAACCCUGACCUUUGGGCUGUGUCUCUGUGCACAGUGGAUGGACAGAGACAUACGGUGGGCGACACCAAGGUCCCCUUCUGCCUGCAGUCGUGCGUCAAGCCCCUGAAGUACGCCAUCGCCGUGCACGACCACGGCACAGACUACGUGCACAGCUUCAUCGGGAAGGAGCCCAGCGGGCUGCGCUUCAACAAGCUCUUCCUGGACGAGGAAGAUAAGCCCCACAACCCAAUGGUGAACGCCGGUGCCAUUGUUUGCACGUCCCUGAUAAAGCAAGGCGCAAGCAACGCAGAGAAAUUUGACUAUGUGAUGGACUUUCUGAACAAGAUGGCCGGAAAUGAGUAUGUUGGCUUCAGCAACGCAACAUUCCAGUCCGAGCGUGAGUCAGGAGACAGGAAUUUCGCCAUUGGUUACUACCUGAAAGAGAAGAAGUGUUUUCCAGAAGGGACCGACAUGACAUCCAUUCUGGACUUCUACUUCCAGCUGUGCUCCAUUGAGGUGACCUGUGAGAGCGCCAGUGUCAUGGCGGCCACGCUGGCCAACGGCGGCUUCUGUCCAAUCACGGGCGAGCGUGUGCUGAGCCCCGAGUCUGUCAGGGACACGCUGAGCCUCAUGCACUCCUGCGGCAUGUACGACUUCUCGGGCCAGUUCGCCUUCCACGUGGGUCUACCGGCCAAAUCUGGAGUGGCCGGGGGGAUCCUUCUGGUUGUGCCCAACGUGAUGGGCAUCAUGUGCUGGUCGCCGCCCCUGGAUAAACUGGGAAACUCUGUCCGGGGAAUCCAGUUUUGCACAGACCUGGUGGAACUCUUCAACUUCCACAACUACGACAACCUGAGGCACUUUGCCAAGAAGCACGACCCCCGCAGGGAGGGAGGGGACCAGCGGCUGCCUCCCUUCGGACCCAUGGAUUACGAGAGCCUGCAGCAGGAGCUAGCUCUCAACGCUCCCCUCUGGAAAAAGAUCUGCCCUACUGAGUCCAACCAGGACAGCUCCACCACUAUAGUGUAUAGGCUGGACAGCUAGGACCCUCCUCCCCCAUGUCCCUUUACCUCCCCUCCUGUAUCCCAUCUCCCCCUCCCUCACCCUCUGCCUAUCCCUCUCCUCCUCCCCUCCUCCCCAUGCCUGCGGUUUUGAGAUAUUUAUGUAAAUUAUAGAAAAAAAAAGUUAUUUAUUGCGUUUAAAUAGGGGAAGAUGUGGUGACUGUUUAUAUCUCUGUUUUUAAUUUCCUUUCCUUAUUAUUUUAUUUUAUUUUUUACCAAAGAACAUUUCUGUUCAGGGUUGCUAUGGACUCAAAGUUGGAAUAGCCUGUUGCCUUAAAAGGGGGAGGAACUGUUUCUCUUGGACUGGGGCGUAGCUGUUGAGAUGUUACACACCAUCAUGUGGUCUUUCUCCUCUCCGACUGGUCAAUCUGUUCACAUUUGUUAGGUUCAAUAUAUUUAACUGACCUCACCUCACUGGAUAAAUGGAAUGGACACACACAAUUCAAUUGUGUGUGUAUGUGUGGCAAGGCACACCUGGUCGUCUUCAGUCUUAUCACGUCAAAAUCCCGGUGCUUUAAAGGAUUGUGUUUCCCAAUAUCACUUUCGUAUCGGCGAACAAUGCAGAUUGGAGUCACUCAAUGCAGUGAAGUUGUGUUCAUGUAGUCACUGUUUGUAUUGCCAUUUGUUAGCAGAGUCCAAAUCAGGAAUUGAGGCAGUCAUUUUUAGAAAUCAUUGAAUUAGAAAUCAGAUUUUAAGGUUAAGGACCCCGAAGAAACAGUCAGAGUUCUGUUGAGCCAUCGCUGAAGACGAAAGCCAAAGCAAACGGCAUCCAAAUGUGGGUGACGAUAUUUUGAAUUUUUGUUCCAGUAGAGACCGAGUCCUAUUUGAAGAGCUCCCUGUUAUGUGCCCUGUUCAAAUAACUUGAUUUUUAGUUCCUACCAUUCAGUUUUUGGUGUCAAGCUUCCAAUAUAAGGCAAAAUUCAGACUAUGUAUGCUUUGGUUAUAAGGGUUAGAUAAAGCUCUAUAUGAAAUUCCGAGCCCCAUCGUCAAUUCACAUUCCAACAUUUGUUCCUUUCCGGUCCACAACCAGGAGCUCAGAAAGGCAGUGAAAACCGAUGUUUGGCUAAACCGUUUACCCCUGGGCCGUGUCUGUAAUCUGUAUUAGGAUUAUCAUUAAUGAUAGUUUUGGGAUCAUUUUGGGAUUGAGACAUGGGCGGAAGCGUUGACUCAUAAAACCCUGACACAGACCGAAGCAGGAAUACUGCCAGGGGCUCGGAUAACACUAAGGGAACCCAGAGAUGGGAGACUGUCCCCUAGCUUCUUGGCCCCGUUGUCUCCCCUUGUGGCCUAGUCCCUUCCCAGGGUCAGUUGGCAGUGUGGAUGGCUAGCUCACCAUCCCACACUGAGCUUCUGUUUUAAAGAGACUUAUAACAAGAGAGAAUUCAAAUGAAGUCACUGCUUUGGAGCUUUAGGUUCAAUGCUAUUGUAGUUAAGGAUUGUGUGUGUAUAUGAAUGGACGGGCGUGGCUGCGGUAGAAGAAUGGAUCCUUUUGUAAAGUAGCUUGCUUUACCUGUGCCGGAUCUGAAAGUCACGCAGGUUUGUUUUUAAUGUUCAUGUGGUGCUUUUAACAUUGCAUAAAUAUGUACUUUGUUAAGAACUCAAUAUAUCUCUAUCUCUAUAAGGACGGUGUUACAGGUGUGUGUGUGUGUGUGUGUGUGUGUGUGUGUGUGUGUGUGUGUGUGUGUGUGUGUGUGUGUGUGUGUGUGUGUGUGUGUGUGUGUGUGUGUGUGUGUGUGUGUGUGUGUGUGUGUGUGUGUGUGUGUGUGUGUGUGUGUGCUUUUUAAGUAUUUCAUUUGAAGUCGGGGCAGGAUUGUCAAAAACUGACCAAAAAUAUGAAAUCGUGACAUGUAAUUAUUACACAUCUCUCACAUAUUAUUUACCAAACUUAGCUCGGGCAAACUUGAACUUUUUCAGUGGAACAGCAGAUUAAAUGUGUUUUUACUUGGUUAUUUAGUAAAAGCUUUCAUCUACAGCGACUUACAGUGGGUUCAGUUACAUUAAGGAGGCGGUAGGGAUCUAGAAUUGUUAAGGGUAAGAUGCAGAGAUCGGGAUGGAACCCAGAAACUGUUGAAGCCGGCUGUGAGUUAAAGAAGCACUUGUCUAGCCCCACUCUGCAUUUUUAAUCUUUGCCGGACCUUUGAAACAGUUGGUGUUGUGCUGGGGAUAUUUAGCUUUUUGUCUAUCUGCCACGGUCAAAGACUAUAUUUAUCUUGAAAGCUAUUUUUACUCCUGUUUUGUGACGCGGUUGAACUUUCUGUCUUAAAUAUGACUUGUACUGACAUUUAUUUUAUUUUUUCAUUAAACUGUCAUUAUUGGGUGGUGGUACAAUGCAUUCAAACACUCCCGUCUUCAGUCUAUGAAGAAGCAUUGUAUUCUGGACCUAAAGACUCAAUGCUUUCUUUGUUAUAUCUUGGCAAAAUAUAUACAAAGAGUAUUUGAUUUUUGGCUCCAUAUAAAGUAAAGUUAUGUAGAAUGGUAGGAGGGCUAUUGGUGAAUAGCACCAUUAUCUUAACCAAGCUGGAAACAUACUUCAUCGAGUAAACCGAAUUGACACUUUAAUGCACAAAAAUCAAUCCUACCUCCAAUUAUAUACACACUUACUGGUUCUCACCUGAAAAUGUGCUGAUUGCUCCAACAACACUGAUAAGGUUGGGCCUUUGAACGCAGUACCACUUUAACCAUUCUAUAUCAAUUUGCAUGGUGUCAUUUGUCUGAAUCCUUGUGCACAAACACACACUUUUGAUUUCCAUUGUGUCCAUUGCAUGCUUUUCUGUAUGAUUUGAUGGAAUAUGUUAUGAUUCCAUGUUGUCUCGAUCAUGUUACAACUGUCACUUUUGCCCUUUUUUUUUUUGCUUAAAUUCUGAUAUCAACAUCUGGUGACAUUGAAUUGGGUGUUUCUCUGAAUCUUUGGUCUAAUGAGAGUUGAUUAUCAUGACAUUUUUUUAAUGUGCCUUUUCCUGUAACAGUCAACUUUGUUUGUAAAGGGUAGUUGACAGCAAAUUCCGAAUGUGAUGUACUUUAAGGAAACAUUUAGAUGUUUACAGUUUUUAAAACUUAUGCACCAACAGAUGGCCACCAAUGGGUGGAAACAAGGCAGAGAGUUCAAACUAAGAGUUUUCUGCCUCCUUUUUCCAUGUACCAAAUACACCAAAUAAAAAACUAUUAUCAACACAUAUAAA